GAUUAGCCUUUUUAUUUUUAAUUUUUAUUAGUCUAUGUUUACAGUUUUCAUACGGAUGAACCGUUCUCAGACAUGUAAAAUACACAUUAAGGACUGUCACAUAUUUUUAAAGGAGGCAUUCAUGUCUUUUUUUCAAUUUUUAUUUUUUUUAGUACCUUUGCAGUAUAUAUUGAUUACAGUCAUUGUAGGGAUUUGGUACAGGGACAUAACACAUCUUAAUUCUUUUUAUGUCUCCUUCCCAUUAGCCUUUCAGAGAUCUUUUAUGGACUUUAUCCGUUCCACGCAUUGUACACUGUCAGCUCUCAAUCAACGUUGCCUUGUAAAGGUGCAAAUGGACGCUGAGCUCUGACAAGACCCGUAGUACAUAGGUUUGCACAACCCACCUGCUGUUCAUUUUGAAAUGAAACCGUCAUAUUCGCAGGGGUGUUAUGUAGGCUAACUUCUCAGCUUCACUGCCUUCCCUGCCUUCUUCCCGCUCCAAAUCCUUUCCCCGGUCUCAAAACUACUUCCCUAAUGGUUUAACUCAACUGUCUGUGGACUUUUAGACACUCUUGAACGCCAACUGUUUCACGUGGAUGCAACCUUACCAGGCUUCUCAGCGCACUCUCGCAGGCUCCCACGACGCCUGUCAUUCCACUCCUGUGGUCAUCUUACCACACUGCAUUUAAAUUCUGUCCACUCGUCUGUCUUCCAGGCUGUUAAUUCCGGAAAAGUAGUGUCCGCAUAUCGAAAAUGAUACUGGUUUGGGGUUUUGGUCCAAAGAUAAUGCUUUCCCACCACGAGGCUUAUUUUUCUGAUAUUUGAUACAUUUUCACCCUUUUGGAGCUGAUUGUCCUUUGAGCCAGAUUUCCAGGUGGGAGUCCAUCUGUCUGACCGCUCGGAGUCCUCAGCCUGCAGAACUACCGCUGACAUCGCGUGCAACGCAAGGGCAUGAAUUUGUAUGACUGAUCCAGGAGCGAGUGCUCUGCUUUCUAGACACCGAGCUGCAAAACGGACCCUUAGGGACGAUCGGAGUUCCGGGAAAGCAGCCAGGUUCGCGUAGCUCCAGCCUCAGGGAGAGCUCUGCACACUACCUCUUCCAGCGCGCCAACCUUUAGCCCCGCCCCGUCCACCUCAGCCCCACCCACUUGGCGCGCCCACACUUACUAAACCUUAGCCGCCCCGGGCCAACAAGUUCCUAAGCUCCGCCUCUGGGGCGAGGGCGAGCUCCCCCUCCCACCUCGGCCCUAAGCAGUUCCGUUAAUAGCGAGGGGAAAAAAAAAAAUCGUCCUUUGCGUCCCUGCCUCUCCAAUCCUAACGCUUUACUCCCUACUCCCCCUGCGACCACUACACUACCGGCUACGGAGGCCCCUAAAGUACAAAUAUCCCCCAGGCUCUGGCCUAUCCUGAUAGGUUUUUGUUUCUUGUCUCCACCCAGUCCUAAGGCGCUCUCUUCAUUUUUCGUCAGGAAUCUGGACUCGGCGACUUUCUCCGGGCGUCAGGAAAUCCAACCUCUACGCCGAAGUUAGAACACGACCCCCCACCCCGCCCUCUUCGGCCGCCCACAUUCCUUCCCUCCCACUUCGCUGAAGUGCGGCGGGAGGGGGAGGAGGAAGUCAGAGCGCCUGCGCGGGGAGGCCGCUUUCCAUCCGGGUCUCCGUCUGUGCGGUGCAGCAGGUCGGUAGGCGGGAAAUGGCGACUGGCUAAAGGAGCUGGUUCUGUUGCUGCUGCGGGCUAAGCGGGAAGGACACCCCACAUUGCGCAGUCGGGACCAUCGCCGGAGCCUGAGGACACUUCUCUGUCGUCACAGUGAGUUUUACAUGUGGCACCCAUAAAAAAUGAGGCUGAGAACACGAAAAGCUUCUCAGCAAUCAAAUCCAAUCCAAACACAGCGUACUGCCAGAGCAAAAAGGAAAUAUUCCGAAGUUGAUGAUAGCCUGCCUGCACGAGGAGAAAAACCACCGAAGAAUGAGACCGGCUUAUUGUCUUCAAUUAAAAAAUUCAUUAAAGGAAGCACACCCAAGGAAGAAAGAGAAAAUCCUUCGAAACGAAGUAGAAUUGAACGUGAUAUAGAUAAUAAUUUGAUCACAUCAACACCAAGAGCAGGAGAAAAGCCUAACAAACAGAUAUCUCGAGUAAGACGGAAAAGUCAAGUAAAUGGAGCUGGUAGCUAUGAAAUGACAAAUCAACAUGUAAAACAAAAUGGGAAAUUAGAAGAUAAUCCUUCCUCUGGCAGUCCUCCAAGGACAACGUUGCUGGGGACCAUAUUUUCUCCUGUCUUCAACUUUUUUUCACCAGCAAAUAAAAAUGGAACAUCAGGAUCAGAUUCCCCAGGACAGGCUGUGGAAGCUGAAGAGAUAGUAAAACAACUUGAUAUGGAACAGGUGGAUGAGAUCACUACCAGUACUACUACGUCAACUAAUGGAGCAGCUUACUCAAACCAAGCGGUUCAAGUGAGGCCAUCGAUAAAUAAUGGUUUAGAAGAAGCAGAAGAAACAGUUAAUCGUGAUAUCCCACCCCUUACAGCACCAGUAAAUCCAGAGAGUGGUUAUUCAUCAGCCCAUGCAGAGGCCACCUACGAAGAAGACUGGGAAGUAUUUGACCCCUAUUAUUUCAUCAAACAUGUUCCACCACUGACAGAAGAACAACUAAAUAGGAAACCUGCUCUUCCAUUGAAAACAAGAAGCACACCAGAAUUCUCCCUAGUUUUAGACCUGGAUGAAACACUAGUGCAUUGUAGUCUAAAUGAGCUAGAAGAUGCAGCACUUACUUUUCCAGUCCUUUUCCAAGAUGUGAUAUAUCAGGUUUAUGUGAGAUUAAGACCAUUCUUCAGGGAAUUCCUGGAGCGUAUGUCUCAGAUGUAUGAGAUCAUUCUUUUUACUGCUUCGAAGAAGGUGUAUGCAGACAAGUUACUGAACAUACUAGACCCUAAAAAGCAACUGGUCAGGCACCGGCUUUUUCGAGAACAUUGUGUUUGUGUACAAGGAAAUUAUAUAAAGGAUUUAAAUAUCCUUGGAAGGGAUCUUUCAAAAACCAUAAUAAUUGACAACUCACCACAAGCCUUUGCGUAUCAGCUUUCUAACGGAAUCCCUAUAGAAAGCUGGUUUAUGGAUAAAAAUGACAGUGAACUUCUAAAAUUGAUUCCAUUUCUGGAGAAGCUUGUAGAACUGAAUGAAGAUGUCCGACCUCACAUCAGAGACAGAUUUCGCUUGCAUGAUUUGCUGCCCCCAGAUUAAAAGACUUACCAAAGCACUGAAGGGGGAGAGAAUGCAGGACCCUUUUGGACUAAGACAAAAACAUUGCCAUUACUGUUGAAAUUUUGCAUUUUUGUACCCUGUCUUGCUUUUCUUAUCUUUGGUGCCCAAUAAUAAUCAAGGGUUACAGAAAGAGACUUUAUCUCAGAUUGCAUACAUACAGUAGGUAGGCUAAAACAGAAGAGUCUUUAGAACUAGUGCAACUCCAGUGAAAUUUUUUUAUGUACAGGACAUCUGCAGUUUAUAAAGAAUUCUGUUUCUGCCACCAGCAGUUUGACCUGUAGUUACACAGGAUUUUAUGAUAAUAACAGAGAUGAAAAUGGACUUUUAUUUUCUCUCUGUUUGGUGCUCUAAGUGGGUUUGUAGCCACUUUUCUGUUACUUUACAAUUCUCAUUUCAACAGGAAUGGCCAGUAAAAAGUUGUUUUAUUUUUCCUGUUAAGGUUUAUAACCUUUUUACAUUUUUGACCUGUAUUAGAUUAGAAUUUCAUUAUGCAUUCCUUUUAGUUGAGGCGCUUCAUAGUUUUCUGGAAAUAGUCAAUUUUUAGUUUUUUUAUUAUAUGUUUGAAUGGCCGUUUUCCUGCUUUGUCUGCCUGCAUAUUGUAUAUUUGUUUAAAAAUAUUCUCUACUUUUAGUCCAUGUAAGUUUCAUUUAGAAAGACAUGCAUUUAUAUUUUGUUUCUGUAAUAUUCUACUGUAGGUGAAAUCUUUUCAAAAUCAAGAGACUGGGUAGAUAAGAAUAUAUGAAUAAUAUUCAAAAGAUUUAAACCAUUGUGGUGGUAUGUAUUCCCAAAUGGUAAUAUCUUGCAAUGGCACACAGAUUUAAUGGAUAAAGGUAUACCUCAGACUUCAUUGUGCUCACCAAUCUUUGAGGAGAAUGAGUUCAGUCACCUGUUGGGCUUGAUUUAGGUAUUGUUGCCUUUGGUUUUCUCCAGGAAUGAAGUAUUUAGCACAGUGAUUCAGUAUUUUUACUUUGCAUGGGCUGGUAGUAUGUACCUCUGUUAUGCUCUCAGUUACAAUCAAUUUAAAACUCUGUGUAACAGCUUGGUACCUAACAGUAGCUAUGCAUAAUCCUGUGGCACAGUACACUCCCAAGCCACCAAUGCAGUUAAUGUGCUCUCAUAGUGGUUUUCUAUGCUAUAUGAAAAUGGUCUUCAAGCCUUGGUUCUCUAAUGCAGCUACCACAAGAGGUUGAUAUUUUUAUAGUGGCGUGUAAUCUUUUCGUGAGGCUUUUUAUGGAAGGUAGAAUUUGUAAAAGUAUGCUUUGCCUCUCAACUGCAUUAACAUGCCACAGGCUCAGACUGUUUUUGUGUAAAGGAUGUCAAAGAACGGCACUUUUUCUAAAGAGAAGUUUGAUAUUUUGUAUGCUUGUUAAGAAAGUACAGUAUUGGAAAUUAAAGGUGGACAACUGAUAAUUAAGGAGUAUGUCAGUUAAUUUUUUAUGUAUAUUACCUGUUUACUUGUACAACUUAUUGUACAAAUUACAUGCAGCUUCAUUUUCAAAUGAAUCCUUAAAAUAAGGAAAUCUUUUUAGGAAAACAUUUAAUUUUUGUAUUUUUGAUUUUAAAGGCAUGAGUUAUGUCAGUUUUCAGUGUAUUAAUGAAGAUUUUAACUUUUCAUCAGGUUGAGUGUUUUCUUACUAUAUUAUCUGUUGUGUAUGUAGUUAGCAUAUUGUGUCACUGAACUGUUUAAAGAUCUAGCAUGUAGAACAAGCCUGUUUUGUGGAAAAUCCUUAUUCAUUAAAAAAUAAUCGUGGCAGAUUUUCUGCAAAAAAAAAAAAAGCAAAAGCAUUUGCAAUUCAGAAACUAAUUUUUUUUUUAAUUUAAAGAAAAGUAUUUUGCUUGCAGGAAAAAAUACUACAGAUUCAUUUUAAUGAGAAUCUUUGAAAUGUAUUUAUCUUUAGGGCAUCUGGGCAUCUUUAUGCUGUUUGUCUUAUGUCUUUCUUGAAAUAAAAUGUACAUACGUUACCUUUACAUAUGCUCUUGCUCAAAAUUGUGAACCUAGUUACAUUUACUCCUUGUUCCCUUCCUUUUUAUGCUCAAACAGCAAAACCCAUAUAAGAUCUGAACUUUUCAGCAUGCAUCAUACUUGCUGAAAGUUUUCCUGAUUAAGAGUCUCUCAAAGGGCCUUCCCAUAACUUACAGGGAAAUGUAAGCACCUAACACCAUGUGCCACUUUAAUAAUAAAAAGGCAACUUUUAAAUUAAUCAUUUUUUAUUAAUGGUAAAGUUGUUUUCAGCCCCAUACCAGAACAAUUCCUUAAAAGUAAAAAACAAGUCAAGCAUAAUGAGGUUCUGUAAAGAAAUAAAAGAAACUUUAUGUAGCCUGAGCAAAUUCUCAAAACUAAAUUAAUACUGUGUAUUUUUCCCAUUAUAUUAUUUGGGUAAUUUUAAAAUUGUUAAUAUAAAAAUAUAAAGAAAACAUUUAGUCAGCUUCCUUCCACUUUGAUGUUUUAUCUUCUUAUUAUCUCUUUAUCUUUUGGUAGAUAUUGAACACUUCCAUUUAAUUGGAGGUGCAUUUUUUUUUAAAUUGAGAUGUGCCCAGCCCAUCAGCUCACACAGGAAACAUGAAGUCUUAAAAAACUAACUGUAGUAAAUGCAGGACAGAUAGAUCCAUGAUGAGACAUGGCAAAAGUUACCUGUAUACACAUUACAACUCUGAAGGACAUACACUCACCUUGUGCUAUGUCCAGUGAUAUGUCUGACUUGUAAGACAUUCUUUUAAAUGUUUGUAUCGUUGUUAGAAAGGAUGUUUUAAUCAGUUUUUUAACUUCAUGUAAUAUAUGUAGCCCUAGGUCUAUCACCAUAUUUCUCCUUGAGUCCUAAAAUAGAACUGAUGAGACUUCAUAACCAUAAAUUGUUUUAUGUUAGCUAGUAUGUAUAUUUAUUUACCCAAUGGCUUUAUCUGUUUCCCAAAAUUGAUUUGGGAUUUGUUGAAAGUAUUGUGUAACAUCUAUAAAUGGCUAUUUUCUUAUAACUGUCAGUGAAAUGGAUGUGUACAUUGUUUUUUAAUAUAUAUAUAUAUAUAUAUAUAUUUCUCUGGGAUUCUUUUUUUUUUAGUGUUAACAUAGAAUUUUUUUAAGUUAUCUUUGGCCAAUGACUUUUUCAGCUAUAUAUCUCAUUCAGCGCUCUAAAGAAGUUCAUUUCUCAUUGUUUUAUUGUCAACUUGCUUGAAAAAGAAACUUCAUCUCAUCAUUGAAGAAGAGCAUUUCAUUAUUACUACAAAUCUUUCCAGCGAGCACAGAGUUCUUCAUAAAGACCAGGUCUCUUCCACAUCUGAGUCAGUACAUAAAAUCUGAAAUGUAAAGGACACUGAAGCCUUCAUUUAUUUGUACUAAUAUGAUGGUGUUAUAUACUACAUCAUUAGCUAGUUAAGUUUUUCUGACCUGACUUCUCUUUGUCUUCCUAGGUAUUUAUUUGUUAUCUUUUAAUCUCCUGUAUCUAAAUUAGUUCAUAGUUACCCACUGAAUAACUAUGCCAAACUACUAGGAAAGAAUGUUUAUUUGAUCUCCCCUUAUAGGGGAAGAGUGGACUGGGAACAAAAAUGUAUGGGCCAGGAGGCCCUGGGUUGUCAUUCACUCACUUAUUCUCAUGAGCUGUAUUUGAGUAGAGUAUUUUUCAGUGCUGAUGUAAUUAUGUCAUUACUUUUCAUGUCUUCCUUUGAGUUGAAAGCUUGCUAGGAAUUUGUACAGAAUUCAUUAAUAUAAUUUUCAGAAUAAGAACCACAAAACUAUCUUAUACUUAAAUACUAUUCAAAUUAUGAUUGGAGUCCAAGUCUCACUAAGUAGGACAUAUUUUUAUAAAAUGUUUCUCUGUAUCUUGAAAUUAAUUGCUGAGAGGCAAGAGUUCUUUGGGAUAUACCACAUUUUGACAUCUUUUUUUUUUUAAUGGAGAGAUAAGAGUGCAACAUGGUUAUACUAGUUAAUGAUUCUGAUACUAGUAUUCUGAGAUACAUCAGUGGUUCCCAAACCUGUUUAUUAGAAUUACUCUGAAAAGCUUUUAAGGUAUAUAGAUUCCUGAAACCUGCCGCUAGAAAAUUUUCAUUGUGUCUAGAGUGGGACCUUAGAAUUCUGUAUGAAGACAGAGCUUUUCCUGGUGACACUAAUCAUCAGGUUUGGGAGAUAAUGUAUUAAUUAAGGUGACAGUGGUUUGAGAGUAGGCAACAAAAAUAAAGUUUACCAGACUUCUCUCUGGAAAGUUGUUUUCCACCUUUUCUUUUUUUAAAAACUGGGACCAGAUUUCACAGAAUUUAAGAUACAUGGAGGAAUAAUAAGCUUGGAACUACUGCUCAUUAUCAUUUUUGGUCUUUCAUGUUUUUAAAAAUUUGCAUUUCUAGGACUUGGAUAGUUGAUCAUAAAUAUACAGCUGAAGGACAUGUCCCUGAAUGAGACCAUUUUAUAUAUAUAUAUAUAUAUAAACUGUAAGAUAUUUCACUAUUUUUUUAUUUUAUAAAUCUUUGUAGAAAUAAGCAAUGAAAAAUGACUUUUCUUUUUUUGAAAUGGGAUUUUUCAAGGGAGUGUCCUUUGGCAUUAAGGUAAGAGGGGAGCUAAUAUUCUCUCUACCUGUUUCCACAUGAUUCAGUAUAAAGUUACGGACAUUUAAAAAUCUCAAUUUAAUUUCUACUUAUUUACUAUGCAGAGUAGCCGUGAACAAGUAAUGUAGAUUUAGUUUUCUCAUCUUCAAAUGCCCUGAUCACCCUACCUCACAGGGUUGUUGUGAGGAUAAAUAAAACUUUUAUGGAAGCACUUUUCUUUGAUGAUAUUUAUCAGCCAUCAGAAACAAUAUAAUUUCUAACAACUUC